CAGUCGCUUCGAAACAGUUUCAAUCGCAUUCUUCGAAUCGGAGAUUCGUUCUCACGCGAUGCUGAUCGUCAGCCUGUCGUCGCUCUUAUUGACCAUGCACGCGGCACACUCGGCCGUCGGCGAUCGUUGCUGCGAGAUCAAUUACCACGAGCUGCCGCAAUACGAGCUAAUAAAGAAGAAUUCGCGCUCGAAGCAGCCGAUCAUAUCGCGAAAAGUGGUCUCCAACGUGAGCGAGUGCGAGCAAUUCGCCGCGUCGAAGAAGUCCCUCGCCUUCAAUUUCGUUUCCGCGAGGGAUCGUGCCGGAAGUUGGGAAAAUACGUGCCAGGCUCUUCAGUGCCCGGAGGAUCACAACAUGACCACUCUCACACCGGCGGCGAAUCACAAAUAUUACAGCAUGUAUCCAGUUUUCGUUCCGCCAGAUAACACAACGGUGAAGUGCAUUCCCAAGGCGGGAGUAUUUCUGUUCUCCUCCGACCACUUGAAUUACACGCAAGCUCGGACUUUCUGCCGAGAAAGGAAAGCCUCGCUCGCGCAUGUGAUCAGCGAGGAGCGCACAGAAGGCUUGGCGAGGUUCGUUUCGCCGAGUACUCCAAGAUACGUGGGCCUCAGCAACAUUGACAGUGAGAGAAUCUGGAAGAACGAAUUCGGCGAACCCCUGUCGUGCUUCGAUUAUCGAGCAUGGGGCGUAGGACAGCCGUCGCACUCCAAAGGCUGCGUUGUCCUCGCAAGCUCACCUGUCAAGGGCACGCCGCCCUCUUGGGAAGUCGCGCCCUGUUACAUAUCAUUACCCUUUAUUUGCGAAGUUAUACCUUUGCCGAUUCAACAACGUUCGUCACGACGACGUCACAAACAACGUUCGUCACGAUGACGUCACAACAUCGUCGUCGCUAGUAACACGAACGCAGUCACAAUACAGUCCAUAGUUGCACACGCAUGUAAUUAGAAUAUACAUAUACAUAUACAUACAUAUAUAUAUAUAUAUAUAUAUAUUUCAUGUGUAACGAAUUUAAUCUACGAAUGAAAUUCGUCACUUGCAACAACUCAGUGAAAACAUUGCAUUAUAAUGUCAUACAGUAUGCACAUUACAAAAUAUAAUGUAUAAAAUAUUAAAUAAUUGUUAUAAAUAUAUAAUUAAAUUAUAUAUAAUUAUUAAAUAAUUAAAUUAUAAUUGUUUAAACGAUAAAAACGAGAAGUAACGAGGCAAAACUUAACGCGUAUUCUCCGAAGCAACAAAGGAAUAGCCUUUGUCGGAUCGCACAGGAUAUCCUGGAAACUUCGCGCU